UUGAAGUCCUUGUAUGUGAAAACCUGCUUGGCAAGAAAACUAGAUUCUAUGACAUGUUAAGUCCUGUUGCCAACUACUGACACGGAAGUAGGAAGGGAGAGGGUGAGGUAAGAAGAGUUGAAGGUAGAAGGGUGAGAGGUUUCAGGACAAAUGUCCCCUCAUCCCUCUUUUCUUUGUGUCAUCAUUUGUCUGCUGGUUCAGACGUUUGUCUUCGUUCUUCACCUUCACCCUCUCCAGCUGCUCCACUUUUCUCCUCCACUUCCUCACAACACUCUCCAGCUCGUUCUCCUUCUCACUCAGCUCGUCAAGCCAGACAGCACUUGACCAUUCCUCUGAGUGUUGGCUGUGAUCGAGCUUCAUAGGAAAGCCAUCAGUGAGCUUCAGUUCUGUGGAACCUGGGACACACACGCCUCUCCCCUGCAGGUUCCUCCGUCCUGCCCCCACCUGAGCCGUCAUGGAUCUAAUGGAGGAGGGAAACAUGAGCUGUGGAGUUAAAAACUGUAGCACGCCAGUCUUCCAGGAAAACUGCCCCAACCAAGAGGUUGAAACACUGGCUGGAUUUAUUGAGUUAGUGUGUGUGACAGUGAUUAUCAUUUCACUGAUAAUCUUCGGCCUUCUUGGAAACACCUUGACUCUUCUGGUGGUUUGGCUCCGCCCCAACAUGAGAAGCUCCGCCCACCUCUACCUGAGCAGCAUGGCUGUUAGUGACCUGCUGAUCCUCCUGCUGCUGCCUCUCGAUCUAAUUGAGUUCUGGACAAGCUGGAAGUUAGGAGUCUUCAUCUGUAAACUGAGCACAUUCCUGAUAGAGUGCUGCACCUUCUGCACCAUCCUCCAUAUCACCUUUCUCUCCCUGGAGAGGUACCUGGUUGUCUGCUGGCCAAUCACCUCAAAGACGCUGGUGACACGUCGCCGAACCAGGGCUCUGAUUGGCUGCCUCUGGCUGGGAGCGGCUGUCAGUGCAGCACCAUAUUUGGUCAUGAUGGAAGUGAAGAUAGAGAAUGAAGUGGAUGAUAUGAAGAGAGAGGUUGAAAAGGAAGGGUGCAGAGUAUCACAAUCCUCAUACUCCUCUGGUCUCGUGUUGGCCAUGAUAAUUAUCUAUUACCUGUAUGUCCUGGUACCCCUGUGCAUCCUGGGACUGGUCUAUGCCCUGAUUGAACGGACUCUGAGGCUCCGUCCACAAAGAAGCCGUAAAGACAAGAGUCACCGACACACAAUCAAGAUGCUGGGAGUGAUCUUCUUGGCCUUUGUCCUGUGCUGGCUGCCCUACAUCGUCGGUCUGACCAUGAUCUAUGAUUCUCAGAGAACUGGUGCUGAAAGUCGGGGAACCAACACCGACACAAACACACACUCGGACAUGAACACUCCUCCUGAGAGCACAGGCAACAUGGCCUCUGUUACCGAACCUGUUAGCCUCUCAGACUGGGACCUGAAGACACAAGCUCACACAAAGAGAGAUGAUGCACUCUGGGAAAACACAAACAACGAGAUCGACACACACAGUGAUGCAGAUGCACACUUGGUGGACAAACAACCUGAAACGCUCACUGACCCGGGCGUGGGUACUCGCACUGAAAUAGACACACACUCGGAGAUACACAAUACUACACAUAACAAGCAAAACCCAGCCUUUUGCAUAAAGUCACAAAAGGCAACAAAGUAUUUUUACCUGGUCGCCUGGAUCCUCUCCCGUCUCAGUGCUGCCAUCAACCCUCUGGUGUACAACCUGAUGUCCGCCAGGUACAGACACGCUGUGUGUAGCCUCGUGCAGACACACUGUCUCACAAUGUCUCACCGGAUGAGUACAACACUCUCAUCAGGACACUUCAAAACCGCUUUGUGAACAUAUAGACACACGUAACAACAGCAGCAAUACAAGGUAGCUGUGAUGAUCACUGGUGGUUCUGCAUCGACCAUAUUAACAAACUGAAUUCAGCUGCUUGAACUAAGAUAUCAUGAGAUUUGACUGUAGGAGCAGCUAACACCCUGCUAACACACAGCUAAAGGCCAAUGUAUGCUUCUCGGAGAGCUUUUCGUGCAGCUCUGAUUUUUCUAACUACACGUCGGCAUGGCGGAGACCCACGGAUAGCCCUUGGCUGUGAUUGGUCCGCUAACGCAAGCAUUUUGGGACGACAUCAUUUCCGGACCUCAAACUUCCUGUUUCAUUCCCUAAAUCACAAUAAACCUAAAUCACAACUACGACUCUAUGAUUAAGUGACAAGUGUGUUAAGCCAGCGGCGUUGUCCGGCUGACGUUGGCUGGUUAGAGCACUUACGGCAUGUGUGUACCGUCACAUACGGUUAUAACGAACUUUGAUAACGGGGAUAGCGGGCUAGCCACCAUGCUAACUGCGGUGGGAACAGCGCAAAAACCCGCUGACUUUAAUCCCACGGCUGUCAUGACACUGUUUCUCAAACACUGUCAGGUUAGAAGCAAACACUUUAGAUCGAUACUAACUAACGGUAGUAGUUAGUAUCCGGUGUCCGUGCUGACUGUGUGUGGAAGCUGGGGGGAAGCUAGCUGCCUCCGUGUAGCUUCAAGCUGUUGCAGCUGUUGAAUUAGCAACGCAGUUUGGAAACAAGACUGGGGAACCGCUGCGUUAAGACACAAUACCAUCAGCAUUUUGAGCCGCUGGGUGUCACUUCAACAAAAACUGUUGCGUCAUCAACAGCCUUUUUAGUUGUCAUCGUUCACUGUGUUUGAGGAGCCGGGAGGAUGUAAAUAAACCAGCGUGGACUUCUUCUAUAUACCUCAUGAGGUAGGCUUCUCUAAGCUCGACUUCCGUUGCGCCAACUACUGUUCUGGCGGUGAAUUGUUUUCAGAACAAAAAGGCUCGUAGAACUAUAAAUCAAAUAGUGUCCGUCCGAUCCGUCCGAUCCGUCCAUGCGUCCGUCCGCAACGGACUCGGAGAAGCAUACAGAGGCCUUAACACACUGCCAACACACAGCUAACACAAUGCUAACACACAACUAACACCCUACUAACCCACAGUUAACACAAUGUUCACAAACUGCCAACACACAGCUAACACAAUGCUAAUCCAGUUAAUACUUAGCUUACCCUGCUAACACAGCUAAUAUACAGCUAACCUUGCUAUCACAGUGCAAACACAAUGCUUACCUAUUUAACACACUGCUAACACUGCUAACACACAGCUAAUCUUGCUAACUCUGCUAACCCUGCUAACUGAGCUAGCAGCAGAUAUUUACAGAUUUUCUGUCACAGUAACAUUCAGACACUUCUGCAAUCAACAUAUAAUAGAUAUUCUGUGUUUAGGACGAUUAUUGGUGUAGCCUAUUGAUGCUGGACUCUUGAGACUUAAGGCUGAAAUACAGUGCCUUGCAUAAGUAUUCCCCCCUCUUGUACUUUUCUACAUUUUGUCAUGGUAUAACCACAGAUUAACAUUAAUCGUGAUUUUAUGUAAUGGACCAAAACAAAAUAGUCCAUCAUUUGGAAGUGGGGUAAAAUAUUAAAUGGAUUUCAAAAUUAUUUACAAAUAAAAAUCUGAAAAGUGUUAAGUGCAUAUGUAUUCACCCCCUUUACUGUGAAACCCCUAAAAACAAUCUGGUGCGACCAAUUGCUUUCACAAGUCACAUUUGCAAGUCACAUACUUAGUAAAUAGGGUCCACAUGUCUGCAAUUUAAUCUCAGUAUAAAUACACCUGUUCUGUGAAGGACUGCGAGUUUGUUAUAGAUCAUUUCUGAACAAACAGCAUCAUGAAGACCAAGGAGCUCACCAAACAGGUCAGGGAUAAAGUUGUGGAGAAGUAUGAAGCAGGGUUAGGUUAUAAAAAAAUAUCCAGAGCUUUGAACAUCUCUCUAAGCACCAUAAAAUCCAUCAUCAGAAAAUGGAAAGAAUAUGGCACAACCGCAAACCUACCAAGACAAGGCCGUCCACCCAAACUGAAAAGCCGGACAAGGAGAAAAUUUAUCAGAGAAGCAACCAAGAGGCUCAUUGUUACUCUAGAGGAGUUGCAGAGAUCCACAGCUGAGGUGGGAGAAUCUGUCUACAGGACAACUAUUAGUAGUCUACUCCACAAAGCUGGCCUUUAUGGAAGGAGGGUGGCAAGAAGAAAUCUGACUGAGCUUCAUCUUUUUUGCCAAGAAGAAUGGACAAACAUUUCCAUCUCUAGAUGUGCAAAGCUGGUAGAGACAUACACCAAAAGACUUGCAGCUGUAAUUGCAGCGAAAGGGGGUUCUACCAAGUAUUGAGUCAGGGGGGUGAAUACUUAUGCACCUAACAGACGACAACUUUUUGUUCUCAUUAUUGUUUGUGUCACAAUAAAAUAUAUUUUGCACCUCCAAAGUACUAUGCAUGUUGUGUUGAUCAAAUGGGAAAAAGUUUAUUUAAGUCUAUUUGAAUUCCAGUUAGUAACAGUACAUAAUGGGGAAAAAGUCCAAGGGGGAUGAAUGCUUAUGCAAGGCACUGUAUGCUAUUCCGAGUCCGUUACGGAUACAACAGACCCUUUUUUAUUUAUGGUUCUCCGAAGGCUGUGGGUGCUGAAAACAAUUCACCGCCAGAAUUGUCGAAGACGAGUUUAGAGAAUCGUAGUUCUCUCUAAACACGCGUAGAAAGGACAGUUUUAGCUGAAAUAAAGUGACACCCAGCGGGUCAAAAUGCUGAUGUUAUCGUUUCUUAGCGCAGCGGUUCCCCUGUUUUGCAUCUCCCGAUACUAACUAAUACCAAGUGUUUUCAUCUAACCUGACGGUAAUUGAGAAACAGUGUCAUGACAGCCGUGGAAUUAAAGUCGUGACAGCAGGUUUUUUGCGCUGUUAAUACCGCAGUUAGCAUGGUGGCUAGCACGCUAGCGCCGAUAUGACUGGGCGUUAUAACUGUAUGUGACCGUAAACACAUGCUGAUAGGGCGCUUACCAAACACUGAAGCCGGACAACUCUGCUGGCUUAACACACUUGACACAUUAAUCGUAGAAUCGUAGAAUCCUGGUUGUGUUUGGGUUUAUUUUGCUAUAGAGAAUGAAACAGGAAGUUUGAGGUCCGAAAUGUGAGAUUCCUGAAAUGAUGUUGUUCGGAAAUGAUGUCGUUAGCGGACCAAUCACAGCCAAGGGCUAUCCCUAGGCUCUCCGACAUGGCGACGGAUAGUUAGAAAAAUCCGAGGUGUACGUAGAGCCCUCCGAGGAGCUCGGAGAGGGCGUUCCACGUCGGCGAAGACGUUCCCAUGUGUCCGUCUCCGUCAAAACAGAGUAGCAUAUUUCCGCCUUAAGCCUACAGUUUUGGAUCAUAGCUUUAGUUUUAAUUUGAGCAACUCUCGAUUUAAUUUACUAACUCAGUUUACUGUGGGAUAAUGUGAUUUCACAAUGCACUGAUAAAUGUAUUGAAAUAUGUUUUUAUGUUGGGUUUUUGUUGUACAAAGUAAAAUUUCUAUCCAUUUUUUCCUUGGUCGUGAAAACACGGUUUAAACAAAAGAGUUGAACAAUCAAACAACACAGGAGGAUACCAAGCCAGGACAAAACGAUGUCUUAUUUGCCUAGAUCAUUGAUAUAAAAAAUAUUUCAGCAUUAUAUUUGUGGUUUAUAUUAUAUAUUAUAUAUAUACAUAUAUAUUAUGUGUAUCAGCUGAUUGUAUCACACCUACGUGUAAUUGCAGCUCCACAGACAGCUGAAAACAGAAUCUCAUGCAGGCUGAGAGAAACUUGAAGGAGCAAGAAGAAAGGGGGAUGUGCCACGCCCCUAAAACAUUUUCCUUCUCUCAGUCUAGUUUUAGACAGCGAUGACUGCACAUCUCCCGCUAUCACCGAUGAACUACGCCCUAGUCACAGACACGCAAUGACCCACAGCGUAACCUCUCUGAACUUCAACACAAUUUCUUCAGAAUCACAGAAAAAGGAGAUAGACUGUGGCAAUUUUGACUGUGAUUUCAGUAACACAUUUUUCUUUUCUUUUUUUUUCAGUUUAUACAAAUUUUAAAUUGUAUUAUUAUGAACUCUUGGUUGAAACUUUAAACCUUUCAAAGUCUCUUUCUUUAUUUCACUCCUCAAGCGUCACACUCUCUCAGGAAGACAGGCACACACAUAGAAACACAGGCAAACACACACAGUCAGCUGACUCACACAGCUAUUUUCAGCUCUCUUCACCGACACAGAGACUUUCCUGUCUCCUUUGUUUAUUCGUGCAAGUUAUCUUUACAAUAGCGAUGUAUAACUCAAGGUUUCUGUUGACUGUAACAUUUUCUGAGUUACAAUCUUAACCUUCAGGCAAUGAAUUAUCUUUUUGUAGUCUCACUGGUAGCUAGUUUAGAAGUUACUCCAUGUUCCUUAUCGUGAGUUGCGUCACGAGUAUUAUUAGGUAUGCCAACUCCACUGUUGCUCACUGAACCAGACCUUCGAGCCCAAGCGGUAUUCAGUAUAUGAGCAAUUUGACGUGCUAAGCUCUAUCAGCACAGAUGCAGUUGGGCCUUUAUCUCAUUUGGCCUCUUCCAGGCUUGAAGCAGCUGCAGCUUCCCGUCUUAUUCUCGUGUGCCACCCUUGGCUUGGUAGCCUGGAUGCCAGACGAACUUAGCCCCGCCCACAACAUUUUUGGUCGGGCAGUUCGGUCUGGAGUUGCUUUGUUGAGGAAAAAUUAUGCCCGACCGGGCCAAUCAGAUUGUCAGGGCGGGCUUUAUACGAUGAUUGACAGAUGAUCAACGGUAACGUAAUCAACCACGUCAUCAAAGUGCCCUUGGGUUGAACCCAACCCUCCUGCAAACCUUUCUCUGUUAUCAAUCAUUUCAAUAUCACAUUGCACAAAGGUUUAUGGUUCUUUUCUUGAGAGUGUUAGACGCUACUCAUCCAGACUGAUCCUCGGUCUGGAUGAGACAAUCAAUUUAAUAAUGGCAAGAAGUUUCUUACCUUUAUGCAGCAGCUUUACGGCAUCGACCCAGCCCAACAUGCAGUCUGCAGGUGUCCCUCAACAACGACUGGACCCGCUCACCACAUGUUGGGGAAAAUUUCAGUGCAAGAGUCUGUUUAUUACAAAAUCUGUGUCAGAAUUCAUAACCCUCAAUAAACAGUUUUUUUGCCUGUG